AUGGCCUUCGAUAUCAACCGAUACAAAACCUUUGAUGAAGGGCAUCAUGAGAAGACCUAUGCUUACCUAACUGGUAUGAUCAAGGGAUACAUAGCACGAGGGAAGCAAGAACGACUGUUGAAAGAUAGAGAACGUGCAGUGAAACUGUCAUUGUCCUCUAACAAGACGACACCUGCCUUAGAAGAUGCAGACAAGCCUGCCGCUCCCGUCAAGACCAAGAAGGAGAAUGAAGCAGCUGCAUCGUCUACAGGUGAUCCUCCCAAACGUCCUAAGGCGAAAGCGAAGAGUGAAGCUGCAUCGGUACUUCCUACACCUUCUCCGAAAUCCCAUGCUGACAAGAACAACAAGAAAGGCAAAGGUGGGAAGGGAAGAUCAUCUUCACCCGUUGACAAGAAGAAGAUUUUCUGUAACUACUUCUUCAAUAAAGGAGGAUGCAACAAAGGUGACAAAUGUCUUUACAGUCAUUCUCAGAAGGUCUAUGAUGCCAAGAUGAAAGGUAAGAAAGGCAGAAGCGGAAGUCGAGAUUCAUCAAGAGGGAAAGGUAGAGGAAGUUCAUCUUCAGCUGGACCCAAAAAGAAGGAUAUCUUCGACAAAGACAAAGAUCCAGAAGAGAUGACUCUCCAGGAAUUGAUCGACGCCCAACCAGACCAUUGGAAGAAGGGCAAAGCUGGAGAUGACGGAAUGGCGGAAGACGAAUGUUCAGAACGACGAGCCAAAGUCCAAGGACGAUGA